GCUAGAUAUGCUAUGAUUCUGUUCUCAGAAACACACUGAAUACAGUGCAGUUGUUUGUUGAGAAUACAAAGGCAGCUCUGCACUUACAGAUUACUCGUUGUUUACAAUAUACAUGACUGAUUAAUGGUCCAGUAAACGAUGAACGUCAUGAAUACAACUGAUUUUCAGACGCAGUUAACAUCAAUACUGGAACUGUUAGCGAAAAGCGCUGUUGCUGAAAUAAGCAAACUAUUCGAGGAGAAUUCAUUGUUGCUGCGAUUGGAGAUUUCACGAUGUACAAACGAAAAUGAAUCUCUGAAAAAGAAAUGUAAUUUUUUGGAGAGUGAACUUCAGUCUGCCCGGAAAACCGCUGGAAAGACGAACGAAGCUCCGUUCAGCCGCACUGGACUUACAGGGUCUGCACGACGCCCUUCCAUCGACAAUGUGUUUAGUAAGGAAUGGUGCAUGAACUUCUGGAGACACGAGGAGUCAAAUGCUGGAGAGCAAGAGGAUGCACAUCAGGACUCUUCGGGCAUGGCAGAAGAUCCAGUAAGUUUGCUGGAUGAUGAAGAGGAUGAAGAGCCAGAUAUGAUCAUGAUCAAGGAGGAGACAUUUGAAGAUUGCUCUGGGAAGAAUAAACCUGACGAAGAAGAAAUGAGCAGUUUGACAGGACCAGCAAUGUCAAGUGAUGAGAGAUGUAAUGACCAGAACUGUGAAGAUUACAUCACAUACACUGUGCCUUCAGAUGAACAAGCCCAAUUGAACGUACAGCAGCCACAACCAGAAGAGCAAAGUCUUCACGGGACGAUUUCAACACACGGACACAACACAACAGAGCAAAAUUUUCCCAGCACACACAACCCCACGAGUGUUUCAGAAGAGAAAAGGUUUGAGUGUGUGUUUUGUCAAAGAACUUUCAACAAACUAACCUACCUAAAAGCACACAUGCGAACACACUCUGGAGAAAAGCCUUUUGUCUGUACUGUGUGUGGUAAAAGAUUUGCGCAAAAAACGUACCUCCGAAUACACCAGCGCACACACUCCGGUGAAAGGCCGUACUCGUGCAUGGAGUGUGGAAAGAGUUUUGCCCAAAAAAGCUCUCUAAACGUGCAUCUCCGAAGCCACACCGGUGAAAAGCCGUACAGCUGUUCAGAGUGCGGUAAAAGUUACGCGUACAAACAGGGUUUCAAUACACACCAGUGCUUUAGUUAGACUCGUACGCACUGCAGUAGGGUUGGGCGAUGUCGACCAAUUUGGCAUCAUAUGAUGUCUAAUGUGAAACAUCGCGAUGGAUGAUGGCAUCGUUAUCAUAGGUGGCGGUGAAUUAAUUAUUUAUGAAUAAUUAAUUAAUUCAUAACAAAUUAAUUAUUUGUAGCCUACCGUUUCAACUACCUGACCCGCAUGGUCUUCAUUUUAGCCAU